CUUUGCGCGGGAGCGUGAAAUCCGAAUUUUGAAAUUAUAAAUAGAGUCGGUUUAGAAAGCUUCCACAUUCGAUUACAGUAAUUGAAUCCUACGAGGAUUCUAAUAAUUCAUAACCCUACAUCUCUAUAAAAGGCAUUCUAGGGUUUGUGUGCAUGAGAGAGAGAGAGAGAGAGCGCUUCAAAGGACCCAAACCCAUCUCGUGCUGCUUUGUGGGUUUGGUGUGUCCCCAAUGGUGUUCAAGAUAUGGGACUAGGGUUUGUGAAAGAGAGAUUCAAGUGUAUUUGGCAACUAAAAGCAUUGGUUCUUGGAUAAUUGCCCUUGUGUAUUUGGGUGAAUUUCAUCGAAGUUAAAAUGCCAACAAUGAGUUUGUUAACCGAUCUUUCUAGUCUUCCCCCAAAAAGACAAUUUGACCAUAGUGGAUGUCAGUAUUGGGGUUUCCCCCCGAAUUUCAAGCGUCCAAAGUUUGAUGCGAUCCGUGAUUUUCCCAAACAUUUUGGUGCUACUGGAAAUUCUAAAAUUGGGGAAGAGUGGGUUGUAUCUGUCGAGCCAUCAGAAAUUUCAGUAACAAGUGAUAUGAAAUCUGAGUCUACCGAGCCAAUGGUGUCAUCACAUGAUAAUGUCGAAGAACUGCCAACAAUGAAUUUGUUGCCUGAUGAAAGGCCUCUUUCUAAGCUGUCCGGGAAAAUACUAUUUGAUCUUGGUGGGUGUCAGCGUAGAGGUUUUCCACCGAACUUCAAGCGCCCAAAGGUUGAUGCGAUCCGUGAUAUUCCAAGACAUUGUUGUGUGCUUACCCCUCAAAUCACUGAAAAACCAAGUGAAUGCAUCUCAGUUGUGGCAACCACUGGAGACUCAAAAGUUGGGGAAGAGGGUGCUGUUGUACCUGUCAAGCCUUCAGGAAUUUCAAAACCAAGUGAUGUGAAAUCUGAGUCCACUACAGCAGCGGUUGCUGGUGAAAAGGUGGUGUUAAAAACCCCAGAUGACUCUAAAUUGACCAAUGUAACAGCAAAUCUUGCUGAAGCUAAAUCAAUUGAUACUUUGGAUAUUUUAAAAUUAUUGUCUCUACCUCGGCCACUUGUUCGAAAAUAUCCUCCCCUAAAGAUCCGGAAAGGGAUUCCCGUCUAUCGUACAUAUCCUCCAGGUUGUCGAAUGCUGAAUCAUCCUUCCAAAUCUAAGAUUUUGGUGAAUAAGUCUGGUGUGGAACACAGGCCACUGGUGGAGACAACAACUGUCGGGAAACAAUUCGAAGUGCAAAUUCUAGAUGUGCAUGGUCUUGAGAGGAAUCUAGAAGUGAAUGCUUUAAAAGAAAUGGCAGACAAAGUUCAAGCCAAAUCUACAGAGAUUAUUGGCAGUGAAAGUUGCAAACAAAUCCAAAGCAGAACAUCUUCUGAAUUUAAAGUGAAACAAGAUAAUAAAGUGGAAACCGGCAAUGUAUCUCCUUCAGAGAUUAUUUUGUUGCCUCCAGAUUCUAUGUGCCAGACUGUCAAUACCAAAAUCAAAGAGGACAAUGGUUUGGUUGGAAGAAUGGGGAAGGAACUUGAAGAAUACUGUGAGGACACGGAUGUUAAGGAUGGAAGUGAUAUGGUCAUAUGGUCACAAGCAGCACAACAUUUUGAUCUGAAGCCUCUUUCUUGUGAUUGGGCAAUUGCUAAACAGGAAGGAGAAUGGGUCUUUAAUUGUGAACCUCUUGAAGCUACAUGCGGAUACAAAAUUCAGAACCAUGAGGUUUAUGAUGCAGGUGAAUCUAAUUAUGUUUUAUUGCAGAAUCAGGAUAUAGCAGAAGCUUACAAACAGGAUUAUACAAAGGAGAACUCUCUCUUUCUCAGUGAAGAAUCUGCUAAUCAAUAUGAGGACACACCAUUUGGUGAUAAAGAAAACCAUAAACAUAUUGUGGCCAAAGAAUCAAAUGUUCUUAGCAUAGUUCCAUUUGAUGACAUCCAAGCAAUUGAUAGUCAGAAUAAGGUAAGGGAGGCACUGGAUCUGUUUGAUGAGAUAUUUACAAAGAUCUUGGAAGCACAGUCAAAGGAAAAAGGAAAUGCUGCCAAGCAGAUUCAUGUGGAAGCAGCAAAUCUUCUUAAAAAGCAGCAAAAGUGGGUUAAUACUGAACGGUUAUUAGGACCUGUCCCCGGUGUUGAAGUUGGUCAUAAGUUUCGAUUUAGGGCUGAACUUCUUGUUAUUGGGCUUCAUCAUCAGUUUCAGUCAGGUAUAGAUUACAUGAAGAAAGAUGGGAAAAUUUUUGCCACAAGCAUUGUUGCCUCUGGUCGUUAUGCCAAUGAUGUAGGGUCUCCUGAUGUUCUGAAGUAUUGUGGCCAAGGUGGAAAUCCAACGUCUGGAUGUAAGGAGCCUAAAGAUCAAAAACUUGAACGAGGUAACCUUGCCUUGAAAAAUAGUAUGGAUGCAGGAACACCGGUAAGGGUUAUCCGUGGUCGCCAAAAUUUGAAAUCUUCUAAUAUUCUUGGUAGAUACGUCUAUGAUGGGCUGUAUAUUGUGGCUAGUUGUAAGCAAGAAAGAGGGGAAUAUGGCAAAUUGGUUUUUAUGUUUCAUUUGAAUAGAAUACCUGGGCAACCGAAACUGACUCCGGAAAUACUUAGCAUGUCAGCAAAGUCUAAAGUACGCAAGUUACCUAGUGGGGUUGAUGAUAUUUCUCAAGGGAAAGAGAAGAUGCCCAUUCAUGUAGUCAACACCAUGGAUGAUGAGAAACCUCCACCAUUCGUUUACAUUACCAAUAUGAUAUAUCCCGAGUGGUAUAACCGUGCUAUUCGUAUUGGUUGUGAUUGCAAAAAUGGAUGCUCAUAUUCUAAGAAAUGUCUUUGCACCAUCAAGAAUGGAGGUGACAAUCCAUUCAAUUGUAAUGGCGCUGAGCUAAAGCCUCUUGUUUAUGAGUGUGGUCCAUCUUGCAAAUGCUCUUCUUUUUGCAAGAAUAGAGUUAGCCAACAUGGUAUCCGAUAUCAAUUAGAAGUUUUCAAGACUAAAUCACGGGGAUGGGGUGUUAGAUCUCGCAAUUACAUUUCGUCUGGAAAUUUUAUUUGUGAAUAUGUCGGAGAGUUGCUCCACGACAAAGAAGCAGAGCAAAGAGGUGAUAAUGAUGAUUAUUUAUUUGAUAUAGGACAUGGAAAUGAUGAUAAGUUUCCCCAAGAUGAAGCUUUGGAUGAUGACGGCUUUACUAUUGAUGCAAUGCAUUUUGGGAAUGUGGGAAGGUUCAUCAACCAUAGUUGCUCUCCGAACCUUUGCGCCCAAAACGUCCUUUAUGAUCAUGAUGACAAGCGUAUGCCUCACAUAAUGUUCUUUGCUACUAGAGGCAUAUUUCCUUUACAAGAGUUGACUUACGAUUACAACUAUAAGUUGGAUCAAGUUCGUGAUGUCAAUGGCAAUAUAAAGAAGAAGAAUUGUUAUUGUGGUUCUCUCGAGUGUUGUGGGAGGAUGUAUUGAUGAAGAAUCUCGUAUGCUAGUCUAGCUUGAUCUUUAAGAAUGUAAAACUGUCAUUUUUUCACUAUUUGUUUUAA